AAAGAUUAGAUAACUGGCAAACCAUCAUCAUGCGCUUCACUUUGGCUCAGUGAAUGAUUAGGAACCGUGUGUUGAAAACCAAAAUCGAUUUCAGGGAGGCAUCAUGAAGAGAAUUCUUCUGCUCCUAACAUCAGUCAUCUUUGCGCCAUAUGCGGCAGCUGAUAUAAUGUGCUAUGCUUGCGGCGGUACAGGAGAGGAAAGCACCUGCUUAAAUAAUCCAGAUAGAGUUGUCAAGUGCCCUUAUGAAUGCUGUACUAUCACACGUAUAGAGUUCAUUGAAGAUGGAACGCUGUCAUCUUUUGGCCGGGGCUGCCAGAAUAAUUGCAAGAAGGAUGGUGUUUACAAAACCCCUGACUCGACGUUCUUAACCUAUCAAACUUACUGCAGAAGCCCCAAGUGUAAUGAUGGUGACGGCACCGAAGAUCCAGAUGGAGGUAAAGGAGACGGGUCAAAUGAAAUCCACGGCAUCAAAGGCAAAUCAGGCUGCUUAGCUGUUUCUGCUUCUUUCUCGACGCUGCUGCUGCCUUUACUGGGUCGCCUGAUUCUACGUUGACCAGGA